CAUGCCGGACUGGAGGCGGACAGCUGUCGUCGGUUUGUGGAGGACCGACGUCAGAGUGUUAGUGCUGCUCUGGGGGAAGAUGGCGGAGGCUGCGGCUGUUUCACCGCAUCGAUUUUUCUGUCACUGUUGUAAAGGAGAAGUAAAUCCCAAACUCCCGGAGUACAUCUGUCCACGAUGUGAUUCAGGGUUCAUAGAAGAAUUAACAGAAGACUCAAGUCUUUUAGAGGGUGGAUCAAAUGGGCUAGAUGACACAGCCACACAGUUUGCAGAGCUAUGGCACCUGCUGUUACUGGAGCGGCCAUUUACAACAGAGAAUGACACCCCUGACUCAGAACCUCGGCUCCCUGGAGGACGCCUGGGAAGUCUCAAUGACCUGGGGAGUUUGGGGGGGGGACCAAUCGGGGGGUCAGUCCCAGCAGGCUUAGGCGGACCUAUGGGGGGUCUACUAGGAGCCGGGGAUCACUGGGGACCGGGACGUCCCCCUCGCCUACACAGCCAGAGAAGAUACCGGUCCAGAGGCAGCAGCAGGCCAGACCGCUCGCCCGCUGUGGAAGGGAUUGUGCAACAGUUUCUCGCUGGGCUCUUUGCCAACUCUGGAGUCUCUGGCUCUCCUCCGCUGUCAUGGACGGGGAUGCUGCACUCUAACCCAGGGGAUUACGCCUGGGGACAAGGAGGGUUAGACGCUGUCAUAACACAGUUACUGGGUCAGCUGGAAAACACAGGACCUCCUCCAGCAGAGAAAGAGAAGAUCUCUUCUCUCCCAACUGUCAAUAUAUCUCAGGAACAAGCAGACUGCUGUAUGGAGUGUCCAGUGUGCAAAGAGGACUUCACAGUGGGCGAGCCAGUCAGACAGUUACCCUGUAACCACUUCUUUCAUUCAGACUGUAUAGUGCCAUGGCUGGAAAUGCAUGACACGUGUCCAGUGUGUAGGAAGAGUUUGAACGGUGAAGACAGCAGCAGCAGCCAGCCUCCAUCAGAGUCCCCCUCCCUCUCCAUGGACCCUCGCACACAGGACAGAUGGUCCUUCUGAGACACCCACCUGUUCAGCCCUCAAUUCUCCCUGCCUACAUUCAACACCGCACCCAAGAAGACAAAAACACUUCACUGCUUCCCUCUUUUCAUCUCUUUUGCAGUCAUAAUCAUCUCAGUCUAAUUUUUUUUGUAUUUUUAUUUUCUAUUUCAAUGACUUUCUCCUCGACCUUGUACAGAUUUCCAAACAGACGUCUUAACAGUCGGUUGACAUCUGCUAGGUGUCUCUUCUUUUUUUGCCUGAUAACAAUAUCAAGCCCAUGUCUUUACGGGCAAACUCAUUUUCAUUUUCUCCUAGAAGGCACUGCUACAAUACACGAUUAUGGGGAAAUGCUAGAAUUAAUCUCAUAAACCAUUCCCUCUUUUUAUUUGCCUGAUGAUUCGCUGAAACCUGCAACUGAGCCAUGUACGGCAAACAGGAAUACAUUAGAGUUUACAUGCACUCUUGGCAUCAACAGAGACUGGACCUAACAACAUGGACACCUGCAAUAACCGUUAUAAGAUAAAGAUGUUGAUUGAGCUGUUUAUCUGGUGGUGUUUCAUUGGAUUGCAUAGUGAGGUUGAUGUUAUUGUGUCCAUCCUCUGUAAUGCUAUUUAAAACUCAAGAGUAUUUAUUCGGAAUCACAUUAAGUUGCUGCUGUGAAAUGGCAACAAAUGUGUAAGAAUUGGCAUUAAAGCUUAGGAUUCCUGACACCAUUUGAGAUGUUUCUACAUCAGGUUAAAAAAAAAAAAAAAAAAAGCUAGUAAGGGAAUGACAUUAAAUAUUUUUGGAGCCCAACCCAUUAACUAAUGCUUUAGUUAUAAUCCUCCCGGUGUAUAUAUCACAGAUGGAUGGCAUCACUUUCAUUUUAUUCCUUUUGUUUAUGACCGUCUUUUGUUUCACAUUUUUAUCACUUUUUGAUGUAAAUAAUUUUAGUCCAACUACUUACGGUUUGCAAAGGAAGAAAAAGAAAAAAAAACUAAAAACAAUGAGAAUGGAGACACAAAUGUGAACUAUCUGGUUAAUGAAACUGUAUAUUAUAUAUAUGGGGAAAAAAUGUCUAUGAGGUAUUAAUAAAUGACAGAAAACUG